CAAAACCAUGUAUUUUCAUUUGGGGGGGGGUAGUUGUGCAUUGGCACAAACCUGAUUCAUGGGCCCAUUUGGCUGCAGGAAAAGAAAUGAAAACUGCUUUGUCCUUCUGUGUGCUGGACCAGAUAGCCAGCCAAGGACAAAAGUGUGCCUGAGAAAUUCAGGAGCUCAAGGUGCUGCACAUAGUUCCAAUCCUAUUUUAAUCUCCAUAACAGCCCUGUGAAGUAGGUUAGUCUGAAAGGCAGUGACUGGCCCCAAGGUCACCCAGUAGGGGUGAUUUGAACCUUGGUCUCUCCCAGGUCCGAGUCUGACACUCUAAACGCUACCCCACACUGACCUAACCCCCCCACAUCUUGUGGGGCCCGGAACAAUACCUUGGAGGCAGUAAGUAAGACCCCUUAUUUUAUUUUUAUUCCAUAAAAUUUAUACAAAAGUUGAUGGGGGGGGAGGGGAAAAACCACCUCAAAGCGGUUUACAAAAAAGAUAGGACAAUAAAAUGAUCGACAAGAAAGAUCAGCAACAAUAAUUAAAAACUUUUAAAAAGUUAAAAUAACAAUAGACCAAAAACAUAUUUAAACACAUACCAGCUUUCUAGACAUUUCAUCUAAACAAAAAUGUUUUCAGCAGGCGCCGAAAAGGGUACAGUGAAUGGGGGCUGCCUGAUGUCAAUAGGCAGGGAGUUCCAGAGUUCCACACUAAAAGAUGGAUUUCUUACAAAUAGUGUAAGAGUGCCAAUUCCACCAGUCAAAGUGGUUGAGUGGGCACAUGUGGAGCAAGGCGAUCUCGUAGGUAAGCUGGUCCCAAGCUGUUAAGGACUUUAUAUCCUAAUAGUAACACCUUGAACUUGGCCUAGUAGCAAACUGGCAACCAGUGCAGAUCUCUGAGCACAGGUGUUACGUACUGCCAAGGUUUCCCUCCUGCCAGCAUUCUGCACUAGCUGCAGCUUCUGGACCAAGUGCAAGGCAUGCCCCGCAUAGAGCGCAUUGCAGUAAUCCAGCCUUGAAGCAGGGCAUGAGCUACUGUGGCCAGCCUUUCCUGCUGCUUCUCCCACAGUGUGUGUAUGAAUUGGUGCAUUUCUUCAUUUGGCAGCUGUUUCUCAAAUGUUUUGGACUUUUGAAAAUGACUUCCUCCUCAAAACACGUGCCAUGCGCUGACUGUCAGAGGCCGAGGCACACGGGGACACACCUGCACUAGGCAUGGGGAUGUGAGCAUGAGCAGCUGUGGACUGGGGUGAAUGUGUGUCUUGUUUGUGUGCAUGAAAGAUUAUAAAGUGCUGUGGCACUCAUGCCCUGCAUGCAGGCUUUGCACAGGCAACUGCUUUGCCACGGUGAGAACAGCAUGCACAACGAGACGGGCUACUGGCCUGAUCCAGCAGGCUCUUUUUAUCUUCUUAUGAUUGGGUUUUUUUUAGCAGAAGCACCAGCUCCUCUCUUCUCAGACUGGUCCUGGUGAACAAAGUUACUCUGUUCAGAUCUGGGCAGAAGGCGAUUGACCUCAGCAAGCACAGGUGUCCUCUGGAAACCCAGUUCUGUGUCGUGUCUGAAAUCGACCUUCACAGGUGAAUUGGACGUGUCCUGGAAUAGGGCACCAGAAUCUCAGAUGCAAGGCUCUCUUGAGAAGUAAAGCUUGGAAUAAACGUCUUGCUGAGAAUCCAAAGCUAGAGAGUCACUUCCAGGCACUUUAGACCAGGGGUAGGCAACCUCAGACCCGUGGGCUGGAUGCGACCCAAUCGCCUUCCCCAUCCGGCCUGUGGACGGUCCAGGAAUCAGCGUGUUUUUACAUGAGUAGAAUGUGUCCUUUUAUUUAAAAUGCAUCUCUGGAUUAUUUAUAGGGCAUAGGAAUUCGUUCAUUAUUUUUUUCCCCAAAAUAUAGUCCAGCCCACCACAUGGUCUGAGGGACCCAUGGCUGAAAAAGGUUGCUGACCCCUGCUUUAGACCAUCCUUCUCCAACCUGCCACCCUCCAGAUGUUUUGAACCACAACUCCUAUCAGCCCCUGUGUAGUCCAAAAUGCAAGAGAGCCUGAUCUUAUCAGGCCAGCCUCCUAUUCUUACUCUGACCCUUAAGGGAAACCCACAAACAGGACCUGAGCACAAGAGCCUUCCUGCUGUUUCCAGCAACUGGUAUUCAGAAGCAUGACUGCCUCCAACAGUGGAGGGCGCCAGGUUAGGGAAGACUGCCUUAGCCUGUUUUGCCAGAUGAAGCCUGUGGGUCUGCACUGUAAAACAGCACCAAGGAGCAGAAACUGGGGGUGGGGGAUAGAUGGGCAAAAGGAGACUCAAAUUUGCACCUGCUAUUCUAUAUGUUCCAGGUGUCAAUCUGGGAACAAUUCCUAUAGCUGCCUGCUCAGCUUGCUGUCUAGGUGAUGCUCAACUUCACGGUCACCCAUUCCUGGCCUGUUUUUCCCCUUCUUAGCACUGUUUAAACUGGGCAGCUCCAAAACAAGAGGAUGGGUUCUAUUCAAUGAGCUCAGAGUGGACCUAUUGAAGUGAAUAGCAACAACCCGUUCGUUUCAACGGGUCUGAAAGUUAGUUGAAUGCCACCCAUUGUCUCCAAAUAGAGAACUGGCCUCUGCCAAGGUAGGCACCAGGACACCCUGGCCAAUAUGGAACUCACUCCCAUGAGAGGCAGCGAUGGCUGCAAAAUGAGAAGGCUUUAAAAGAGGAUAAUAAAAAAAAUCAGGGAGGAGAGCUAUUGGCUAUGCUCUUCAUCCAAGGAUGAAAGCAGUAAUGCUUCUGAAGGCCACUUGCUGGAAACACCAGGAGUGGUCUUGUGUUCGAAUCCUGAUUCUAGGCUUCCUAACAGGGCAUAUGGUUGGCCACUGGGAGAACAGGGUGCUGGACUUGAUGGCCCAUAGGCCUGAUCCAGCAGGCCUCUUCUUAUGUCCUUAUUUUCACCUGCUUUUCCUUGUUGCACGCAAGUGGAGAGAGUGAAGGGAAGCAGCCUCCCCGCCCCUCGCCAUUCUCUAGCCCCUAAGCUAGCUUGCUCUGUGCCUCUUUAUGGCAGCCUGCUGCCCUUGGCUAUAUUGGAGGAUACAGUCGCCUUAGCCAGUGUGGAAGUAAGAUGAAACUGCCUCUCAAGUCGGAUUCUGUGCAUGGAAUGAGAGGGUAGCAAACUGUCUUGGGAUGGCUUGGACAAAGAGAUUUGGCUGGAGUGUGGCAGAAGAAGGAGAUGCUGAUUCUGAUACAAGCAGAAAGCUUUGGGUUCGCUGGAGCUCAGGGUGGGCUUUGAGAUAUCCCUUUGCAAGGUGGAGCCUGUUCCGUUGCAGAGGAGAGGGACCUCAGUGUGCUCCUCUUUCACCUCCUCCAUCCCCUGGCACUCAAGAGUGUGCAGGAGGCCAGCUGCUGCACUGUUCGGUCUGGGACCAUGGCAGCGGCCUGCGAUGUCCCUUUGGCUCCCUGCCUGGCUCAGUCACAUGGAACAGCCAUGACGCAACAGCCGUCUGUGCUGAGCCACUCGCUUUGGGGCUGAGCCGGCCAGCGUUGCUGUCUGGGACUCUUGGCUGCCUUGAAGCCAGGGCUUCUCCACUGCCCCCACCUCAUCCCAGCCUAGUGGAAGUGAUUGAAGUAGCAGCCUGGGAAGGCCUGGCUUUUUCUCUUUUCUUUUUUUUGUUCUAUUUGCGGUGUGAGCAAAAAGGCAGCCUGAGCCCCCACAUCCUCUCUCCCUUUUGUCGGGGCUGGCUGGCUUCCAGCCGACAGCUGCAGCCACUUGGCCCUCUGGCCUCUCGGAGACGCCCUUUCUCUCUUUCCGCUUCUCUUUCUCUCUGCCAAAACAUGGCUUGCUUACUACCUGAAUGGCCGUGUGUGUGUUUUUUAAAUGUGUGAAUUCCAACAUUAUUCCAAACCCAUGAAAAUCUAGGGAUGAUUUAGCGGGAUGGUAAAGUCUUUUUUAUUUGGGGGUUGUUAAUUUCCUUUUGCGUUAUGUUUAUAUCCCACCCUCCCUCCAAGGAACUCAAGGUGGCAUACGCACUUCCUAUUUUUUCUUAACAACAACCCUGCGAGGUAGGGCAGUCUCAAGGCCGCCCAGCGAACUUCAUGACUGCGUGAAUUUCCAAUUCUAACACCGGAACUGCUAGAGCACACUUCUGUUGCUCAGUGGCAGAGACAUAGGGAGGUGGCAAGUGGUGCAGGCAUGUCUGGGGAAUUGCUUCCUUUUGAUAUUAGAAUCAUGAGGACUACAGCCUUACUUUUUAGGAGGAAGGGCCAUAGCUGCUGUGCAUGCAGAAGGUCCCAGGUUCCACCCCCAAUGGCAUUUCCGGGUAGGGCUGGCAGAGUUCCCUGCCUGAAACCCCAGAGAGUGUUCUGCUAGUCGGUGUGGGCAUUGCUGAUCUAGAUGAGCCAAUUUUCUGACUCGGCGGAAGGCAGCUUUCCAGGUUCCUGUGAUUCCGUUGAAGCGGCUUGCACCUUGCUUGGUGAUGGCAGGCAGGCAGGCAGGCCAGCACCUCCUCUGCCCUAAGCCUCGCCAGUACAGACUGCGAGUGCCGCAGAGGUCAACAGAGCCCCGAGGCUGCCCUUCUGGAGGCCGUCCCAUGGAUGAGAGGCACGCUGGAACUUGUCCUGUCCAGGUGCACAACCUUCCUGGCUGCGUGCUGUCCCCCUGAGCCACUCCUCCUGAACUUUAGACACACAAACACAUUGAAAGAGCACUCGUUCCUGACGGGGUUGGUUUUUGUUGUGGCGGCAGCGGCAGUCGCGGAGGAUCCCACUGCUGACUCUGGAAAGCUUGGCUCCUGGAGAGCGGCGACGAGGAGGAGGAGGAGGGAGAGAUGGCCCUUCCAGCGACAGGCAGUCCUGCCGCAGGCGAGGUAUGCCACCACACCGAGUGCCAGCAGCUGAACCAGAACAGCCCCCUCCACUUGUGUGAAGCGUGUGACGGACGCUUCCACGGUGCCAUGCAUUUUGAUGGGCACAUCCGCUUCGACCUGCCACCGCAAGGUUCUAUCCUGGCCCGGAACGUCUCCACACGAUCGUGCCCACCACGCACCAGCCCCGCCUCAGAUGUGGAGGAGGAAGAUGAAGGGCUGAUUGACGGGAAAGGGGACAGGAAGAGCUCGGCCUUGAAGCUGCCAAAGAAGAAGGCUCGGAGGAGGCACACCGACGACCCUAGCAAGGAAUGCUUCACCUUGAAGUUUGAUCUGAACGUGGACAUUGAGACAGAGAUCGUGCCAGCCAUGAAGAAGAAGUCCCUGGGUGAAGUGCUGCUGCCGGUUUUUGAGAGGAAGGGAAUCGACCUGUCUAAAGUGGAUAUUUACCUGGACCAGUCCAACACCCCCCUCUCGCUCAACUUCGAGGCAUACCGGUUUGGAGGACAUUACCUUCGUGUGAAAGCCAAACCUGGGGAUGAACUCAAAGUGGAGCAGGCGGUGAAGGACUUCAAGUCGCUGAGUUUGCCCAUCCUCCGUCCUGCGGGCACUGGCCCGUCCUUCCCCAGCACCCCCUCUCUCGACCGCCUGGAGCAGCUGUCGCUUCGAAGGGAGAGUUCCGACAUCCUGGCCCCUGGAAGACAAAGGAAGAACAUGAACGAGUUUUUGGGGGACGCCAACAUCCCGAGCCACGAUCCCCUGCAGCCCUCCAGCGCCUCCUUGCCCAGCAAUGGCAUCGACACGUGGAAGAACCGGGCUGCCAGCCGCUUCAGCGGGUUCUUUGGUUCCGGCAACAGCGCCAGCCCCUUCACGCGGGAGAUGGACAAGAUGGAGCAGCUGGAAAGCAGGCUCAACUCCUACAGCCACUUUGGCCUCCCCAAGUUCCCCCAGCAGCUCCGCUUCGAUCAGGAUUCCUGGGAAGAGGAGGAGGAGGAUGACGAUGCCGCCUUGUGCCUGGAGGACAGCUGGCAGGAGAUCAUUGAGGGCACAGAGGUUUUGACACGCCGGCAAUGCCACCAGCAGGAAGCUAUUUGGGAACUGCUGCACACAGAAGCCUCCUACAUAAGGAAACUGAAGGUUAUCACAGAUCUGUUCCUGUGUUGCCUGUUGAACUUGCAGGAAUCGGGGCUGCUUUGUGAGGUGGAAGCUGAGCGUCUUUUCAGCAACAUCCAGGAAAUCAUCCAGUUGCACCGUGCUCUCUGGAGAAGCGUCAUGGCCCCGGUUUUGGACAAGGCCAGGACCAGCCGGGCUCUGCUAGACCCCACAGACUUCUUCAAGGGCUUCAAGAUGUUUGGCUCCCACUUCAAGCCUUACAUCCGCUACUGCAUGGAGGAGGAAGGCUGCAUGGAGUACAUGAGGAACUUGUUGCGGGACAAUGAACUAUUUCGCAUCUACGUCACAUGGGCCGAGAAGCACAAACAGUGCAAUCGGCUCAAGCUGAGCGACAUGCUAGUGAAACCUCACCAGCGCCUCACCAAAUACCCUCUGCUGCUGAAGUCGGUGCUUAAGAAGACGGAAGACCCCCACACCCGAGAGGCCAUCAUCACCAUGAUCAACUCGGUGGAGCGCUUCAUCAACCACAUCAACUCGCGCAUGCGCCAGAGGCAGGAGCAGCAGCGCCUGGCCAGCAUCUUGAGCCGCAUCGAUGCCUACGAGGUGGUGGAGGGAAGCAAUGAUGAAGUGGACAAGAUCCUGAAGGAGUUCUUGCGCCUGGACCUGACAGCCCCCAUCCCAGGGACCUCCGCCGAGGAGACGCGGCAGCUUCUGCUGGAGGGAAGCCUUAAAAUGAAAGAAGGCAAAGACAGCAAGAUGGAUGUUUACUGCUUUCUCUUCACGGACCUCUUCCUCAUCACCAAACCAGUGAAGAAGGCCGAACGCACAAAGGUCAUCCGCCAGCCAUUGCUGGUUGACAAGCUGGUGUGCCGUGCACUCAAGGAUCCUGGUUCCUUCCUGCUGAUCUACCUGAAUGAGUUCCGGAGCGCGGUGGGAGCCUACACCUUCCAGACCAGUGGGCAGUCUCUGUGCCGGAGCUGGAUCGAGGCUGUCUGCAAUGCCCAGAACAAGUUGCAGCACCUCCGCCUGCAGGAGCACCAGCGCAGCCAGCAUCAGCUGCAAAGCCUCGAGGAAGAAGAGGAGGAGGAGGAAGAAGAAGAGGAGGAGGAAGAGGAUGGAGAGAGUGGCACCUCGGGAGCCAGCUCCCCCACCAUCCUCCGCAAGAGCACCAACAGCUUGGACUCACAGCAGUGCCUCUCUGAUGGCUCCACUGAGACCAUCUCCGUUGUGGUGGUAGAUGCCAGCGAAGGCCCCCCUUCCCCCGACUUCGAGGUGGGUCCCUUCAGCUCCCAGUCCGACGAAGCAUCCAUCAGCACCACAGCUUCCUCCACAACACCCACCAUGGAACUGGGCGAGGCCCUCCCUGCCAGCACCGCCAACCACUGCCUCAAACCGGAGUCCGGGUCGUGCCGCUCGGCCUCCAUCGACAGCGCCUAUGGCACCCUGUCACCCACUUCCUUCCAGGAAUUUGCAGACCAACAGCAGCGUCAGCAGCAACAGCAGCAGCGGCAACAGCAGGAGGAGACUGGUGGGUCUACAGAGCAGGAGGACGGCGCCCCCACCCCCUCACAACGGAACGGCUCGCCGAAACUGCGGCGGCAGGUGCCAGUCCAGCUGCUGCCUGCCAAGACCAAGGUCCUCAAGUCCAAAUCGGAGGCAAACCUCUUGCAGAUGCUGCCAGCGUCCCUGCAGCUGGCCCAGAGCAAGAGCCUCUCUGAACUCUGCCCGGCCAUGUUCCUGCUGGGCUCCCCACGGACUAAUGGGCCCCAGGGCCACAGACUGGGCAAAGCAGGGCGGGGGGCCGGUGGGGGCGGCAGCAGCAGCAGCAACAGCAGCACCUCGGAGCUGUCUGAGGCCGAGGAGGGUUCGCCAGCCGGGCUCUGCGUUUCCCCCGAGUUGCCCGCCGCCUCUGCAGGGCUGCAAGCGCCUUGCUGGCUGGGCAGAGAGUGCCGGGGAGAGGAGCUGCCUGCCGCCCGCCGGACUCUGUCGGACCCGCAGGCGAGCCAGCACCGCAAGCUGACGCUGGCACAGCUCUACCGGAUCCGAACCACGCUGCUGCUCAACUCCACGCUCACUGCCUCGGAAGUAUGAAAACAUCAGAAGAGAAGCGCAAACCACGAUUGGGAGAUGCCGUGCCCAGCACCGGGAGUUCCACAUCAUCCUUAAGUUAUGCAGCGUCACCAGCCUUCGCCAUCGGAACCCCUUGCCUGCUCCUUGGGUGGUGGUGGUGCCCUGCUGACCCGGCAGGACACAGGCGCGAGGGCGAGGGGCACCAUCCUGCGAGCAGUCCAUGCCACACGGGACGAGGCAGCUGCGUGUGUCGAUGUGUGCCCAUGUCCGGGGUCCAUGCAUAUGUGGCAACUGUUGGGUUUGAGUGCGCGAGAAGCAGCCUGGCGAUGGAGACAAGAGACAGCCACACCUGCUUGGCGGAUGCACGGACCUCCCAGGACCACAUUUCCUGCUUCCUUGCCCUCUCCUGCUUCACCCAGGUUCUGGGUGGGCGGAGUAAGAGGCAGACGGAGUGCACUCCCUUUGACAAGGACCUUUGGGGGGGCAGUGGGGAGGGGUCUUUCCCAAACAAUGCACUUAGGACUGUUAUCUCGUACCAUGCCCAGAUCCUUGGGCAUUAACACUAUUGUGGGAUGCUUCCAACCUAAUGCCCUCCCUCUGUCCCGCUAAUUAACAGAGAAGUUCUCCCUGUGCAAAACUCCUUGAAAGAGUGAGAGUUUAUGCCUGCUGUGCUGGUACAGCCCUGCUGUUAGAUGGCCGGGGGUAUUGUCCCACUGCCCGUGUUGAAAUAAGAUUCGACUGCUAGCAGCCAACUGACUUUGUCUGGCCCUGGGGGGGUCAGAUGAAUCUCUGCCUCUCACUUUGCUUCUGCCCCCUGUGGGUGCCUUCCCUUGCCUCUUGGUCUGGACAUGUGCAGAAUGGCCAGAUCAAGGAAGCAAAUCCAGAUGGCGAAGCUGGCUGGUUUUCUGCUCUGUCUCUGUUGCUGCAGACAAGUCUUUGUUUCCAUACUGCGGAAGUACUGCAGCGAGGCCACAAUCCCAGGUGUGCAGUUGUAGGGUGUGGGGAAGGGGGCAUUCUGUGUGAAUCUGUCCUAAUGAAAAGGUCCUCCUAUCUUGACAACAUGGCUUGUCUGAUGAGUGAAGGGGCAUGCAUGGCUGCUAUCUUCUGCAAGGGCGCCCAGGAUGCUUUUCCUGGUUAGGGCACGUAAAUGGUUGGAGUCCUGCCAACCUGCUGGCAAUAGCCCACAUUGGUUCCGAGGCCCCAUCAUGUCCUGUGCCCGCUGCAACAUUUGCCCUGGCUUUGCACCCGAGUGUCCUGAUUCCACCCGAGGGGGGAGCUGCCCAGCAGGGGAACAAAGAGGGAAGCAGAAUGUCGGGAAGGAGCAGAGAGGUGGGAGGUCUGGAGGAUGUGCUGGGAAAUCCAGGUUCUGGAGUAAGGGGGGGAAUUGCUGGGGGAGGGCAAAGUGAUGAGGAAUGGCAGUGCAAAGUGGGCAGCAGGAUGGGUGGCGGCCAAGUGGCCCACAUAGACAGGUGGCAGAGCCAGAGGCAGGCCAGGAAGUUGGGAAUACGAGAGAGUGGGGAUGGAGCAGAUGGUUCGGGGCCUGUAGAAGAAGAAGAAGAGUUUGGAUUUGAUAUCCCGCUUUAUCACUACCCGAAGGAGUCUCAAAGCGGCUAACAUUCUCCUUUCCCUUCCUCCCCCACCACAAACACUCUGUGAGGUGAGUGGGGCUGAGAGACUUCAAAGAAGUGUGACUAGCCCAAGGUCACCCAGCAGCUGCAUGUGGAGGAGCGGAGAUGCAAACCCAAUUCCCCAGAUUACGAGUCUACCACUCCUAACCACUACACCACACUGGCUCUCUUGCCAUUCUCAAAAGAUGGUCCUGCUUGCCAUUCUCAAAAGAAGCUGUGCUGUCUCUGCAGGGAUGUUGGCUUAAGGACUCUGGGCAUAGGAGACCCCUGGGCAAAUGAUGAGGGCAGCAGACUGGGGUCCCACCACCCCUGCACUUUGCAACCCUGCUCUCCUUUAUUGGGAAACGUGGAGGCGAAAGGACCCCUUCUCCCCCCAAAGUGAAUCCCUGCUGUGCUGAGCUCUCUUCCUUUGCCCUGGUGGCAAAUUGGGGCACCUGCCCCGUCCUUCCCUUCCUUUCCUUUCACCUUCCUUUGGCAAUAAUAAGCUUGCAGACCUCCCAGUUUGAUGGGGACCCUGCUUGCUUUGCUCUCUACGGGGAAAACCCAAAGCACAGAUUGCCGUUCUCCUUUUCUGGGAGCGGGGGGGUGGGUGUCUGUCAAGAGAUUCCUGCCUUUUAUACCCGUAAUAAGUUGGCAUUGGGGGCUACAUAUGUAGAGCAGAGACUGCAAGGGGGAACUUAGGGAGACCUUCCUCCCCCCAGUCCAUUUCCCUGUGCAUGAUUUAGCCAGCUGGUGUAUUUUUUUUCUCUGCGUGUGUGUUUUCAAGUUGCCUAUUUAUUAAGCUUAACUCUUUCCCUAGCACCCACCUCAACCUGCCCCCCCCCCCAGCGAGGCAUUCCCAAGGCCAGUUCCUUUUAUACCACUUUACGUAUGUAUUGACGGUCGUGACCCCACCCCUCCGCCCUUGUCCUUCCUGAUAUCGGGCAGAUAUGUUGGUUUCGGCCGUCCCUCUAAUGCUAAUGUCCCUCGCUCAGUGCCGUCAGUGUCACAGAUAAACCAUUAAACAUAACCCAGAUCUCUGACUUGGUGUUUUUCUGUUUUA